AAAUUUAUAUAAUCACAUUCUUUGUAUUAGAAUAUAACUUGUAUCUUUUUAAUAUUGUACAUCUGAUGUUGUGUUGCAGAUAUAGUAUAUUCUAAAAACAUGAAUUGACAGGUACCUUUUAUAUGAGAUACGCAUACAAAAGGUACCUAUUGUGGUCAUAGUGGGGGAAGCGUCGGCCCUUGACCACCUGGUUCCCUUUUUUCCUUUUGACAGAAUGAUCCGAUCCUUAACAAACAACCCUGGUUUGAAGCAUUUGGAGUUUGCGAUGUCCGUUGGGGAAAUUUUAGGCUACCGCUUGCCGCGUCUAAUGUCACCGCUUUCCAUUCUCGGAAUACUGCCGCUUUGGAGCGAACACACCCUCAAACUUUUUUGUUUCUUCUCUUCUCUUUUUUUUCUUCUUCUCCCCCCUUUUCCGCCCCCUCCCCAAAGAGGGGCGAAUUGCGAAUUUAGGGCUCAUUAAUACCACUUCAACAUCGCAUCAAGAUGAAGUACAUUUUGGUUUCGGGAGGUGUCAUCUCUGGGGUUGGCAAGGGCAUUAUUGCCUCCAGCACUGGGCUACUCCUGAAGACUCGUGGUCUAAAAGUGACCAGCAUUAAGAUAGACCCAUAUAUGAAUGUUGAUGCUGGGACUAUGAGUCCUACAGAGCAUGGGGAAGUAUACGUUUUAGAUGAUGGUGGGGAGGUUGAUUUGGACCUGGGAAACUACGAGCGCUACCUGAAUAUUUCCCUGAGUCACGAGCAUAAUAUAACCACUGGCAAGAUCUACCUACACGUUAUUGAGCGUGAACGCCGUGGCGACUAUCUUGGCAAAACGGUACAAAUUGUACCACAUCUGACAGACGCAAUCCAAGACUGGAUUGAACGUGUGGCUAAAAUUCCCGUUGAUGAAUCCGGGCAAGAGCCAGACGUUUGUAUUGUCGAGCUCGGAGGCACAAUCGGAGACGUGGAAUCUGGUGUCUUUUUUGAAGCCAUGCGCCAGCUACAGCGACGAGCCGGAAAGGGCAAUUUUCUACAAAUCCAUGUUUCUUAUGUCCCCGUAAUUCCACCUGGUAGCGGCGAGCAGAAGACGAAACCAACCCAGCGGGCGAUCAGCGAUGUCCGGAGCGCAGGUCUUAGUCCAGACUUGAUUGCUUGUCGUUGCGAGAGACCUCUCGAAGAUCAAACAAUUGUCAAAAUCGCCGGCGCCUGUCAGGUUGAUCGUGACCAGGUUCUCACAGUACACAACGUCUCAACAACCUACCACGUUCCCGUUCUUCUUGAGAACCAGGGUGUCCUCUCGACCAUUAACCGCGUCCUUCAGCUUGAUACUGUCACUAUACCUAAAAAUCUUGUACAGCAGGGCAAUGCUACAUGGACUGCGUGGAAAUCACUGGCGACAGCUCAUGAUCAUACGCAGGAGACUGUGUCUAUUGCUCUUGUUGGCAAAUAUACAGCCCUUCACGACUCCUACAUGAGUGUAAGCAAGUCGCUGGAACAUGCGGCUAUGCAUUGUAAACGGAAAAUUGACCUUAUCUGGGUUGAUGCCUCUCACUUGGAAGAGACGACUCAAGAGAUCUCCCCCGCAGAAUUCCAUAAAGCAUGGCAUGCUGUCUGCAUGGCAGACGGAAUUCUCGUCCCUGGAGGUUUCGGCUACCGGGGAACGGAAGGAAUGAUCAAAGCUGCCAAGUGGGCCCGUACCAACAACGUCCCCUACCUAGGCAUUUGCCUAGGAAUGCAGCUUGCUGUCAUCGAAUAUGCACGCAACGUCUGCGGUAUAGAUGCUCAUAGUGAGGAAUUUGACGAGCACCAUUCAACCCCGGCAAUUGUCUACAUGCCUGAAAUCAACAAGGAGAAGAUGGGCGGGACGAUGCGAUUGGGCAAACGACCCACCAUCUUCCAGCCUGACACGGAAUGGUCUCGUCUGCGCAAGCUAUACGGAGACGCACCUGCCAUCUGGGAGCGGCAUCGUCAUCGCUACGAAGUCAAUCCAGAGAUGGUGGAGCAGCUGGAGAAGGCCGGGUUGGCAUUUGUAGGCAGGGACGAGAAAGGUGAGCGGAUGGAAAUCAUCGAGCUCAAAGACCACAAGUGGUAUGUUGGCGUGCAGUUUCACCCAGAGUAUCUUUCUCGAGUGCUUGCGCCCAGCAAGACGUUCCUUGGCUUCUUUGCUGCCGCCUCAGGCUGCCUUGAAGAGAUCACCGACUCGUUCAAGGACCGCCAUGACCUUAGCCGCCAGGAAAUGGAUCCUGCCUUGAUUCCAGCGCGAUAGGUGAAUUCGGAAAGAGGAAUGAAUGGGUGGAAGCAGUAAAAAAAAUGAAACAUAUGCUUUUGGGUUGCUUGGGGCGCAAGUUGGCGAGAGGCCAUCUUAUUGUUCUCUGUAUUUGCUCGAAUUGCAACUUGCAAAGCGUCAUGAAGAUCGAACUCGCCCAUGUUAAGUGGAUGCAAUAUUAAACAUAGAAAUAUUUUCACACGUAUAUAACCCACCUAGGCCUGGGCAUGUUGCGAAUGAAAUGGAAUGUGGAUUUGAUUAAUUUCUUCCCCCUAAACUCGUGACAUGGUGAUUAUUCUUUUGACAUUUUGAUCAACAUCACUCUCGCCAGGAAUAUACAUGUAUCGUAUCUACCACCAAAAGACCCUUCAUGAGUAUUGAAUGUCUGGUAUUAUUUUUAUUUGAAUAACUAAGCUAAGUGGGCCUGAAGGUGUCUUCGAUCUGGUAGGCCAUUAUUUGUGUGUAGAAAAGGGGCAUCAAAUAGGGAUAAGUUAUAUUAUUGCAUUUGGGGUUCAGGACCCAAAAAAUAGGGUGGGGAAGGAAAAAAAGAAAAAAAAGAAAAAGAAAAACACA